CAUGCAUCUCGUGUAAUGUAAUUUUCAUUUAAUUUUAUAGCAGUCCCACCCGUCGCCGCUCCCUGCCUCUCCAUUUAUAUUCAACUUUCUCUUGUUUUUUCUUUAAAACAAAAGCAUUCUCCUUCUGUAUAUGUUCUCUUUAACGCAAACUGAACAAAGAAAACACAACGAAAAACUCUUCGUUUUCUCCAUACAAGUUAAAGAAGAUGUCGAAUGCUACCGUAGAGCUUGAUCUCUUUGGAAUGGAGAAAAAGAGCUCCUGCAAAUCUCAAUUCCUGAAAUUCCUCGAUCGCCAUCGAAGCUUCCGAGGUAUUCACGGGGCCAUUUCCAAGAUGAAUUCUGAGCUGAUCAAAUCUGUGAUUGCCUCUGGUUUGACAAACCAGAGUCAGGAUACUGUGAAUCGGAUUGAUCCGAACAAGUCCUUUUGCGUGCCUAGUCCUAAAGAAGCUCAGAGUGUAUUUCCUAUUUUACCCGUUCUUAGCCCUGCAACAAGGGCUACUGCCGAGGAUGGUCCUGAAACAGCUCCCUUGACAGUUUUCUACAAUGGAACAGUUUACAUAUUCAAUAUAACUCGAGAUAAGGCGGAAGGCAUCUUGACACUUGCCGUUGAAGGAAGCUCCAAAAAUGUGGGAUCAACAGACCCAAAAGUUGCAAAUUCUUCAAGCGAUCAACAACAGCUUCUAGGAAUUCUUGAUGGAGAUUUGCCCAUCGCUCGGAGAAAGUCAUUGGAGAGAUUUCUUGAAAAGCGGAAAGACAGGUUGACGUCUGCAUCCCCUUAUGCUCGUCAGUCGCGACGCGUAAAAGAAAACGUGUUUAGGACAAAAGGGAGGACCCCUUUAUUCUAAUCCUUCAUGGAAGAAAUUAGAAGAGGACCCGACAGCAAGAUAUAGUUUGAAGAGAUGCCUUCCCAGCUCAAUGGGAUUGGGUGGGAGGUUUAAGCUAGUUUUAUCGUUUUAGACACAUAAAAUACAAAUAGAAAAAUAUUUUGAGAGGAAAGGCACACGUUUUUUGUGAUGGGGUGUUUGGCAUUUAUUCGAUGUCUGUUUCCCCUUCACUUUCCUAGUGCUUAUCUUUAGUUGGUAUUUGAAGCCAUUAUUUUUUAAUAUAUAUAUAUUAUGAGGGUUUGGACUUUGAUUUUAAGUCACAUGUUGUAUACUUUCUUUUGAAAAAGAUACUUUCUUUAUUAUUUGUGUAUUUAUUUAUAUAUUUAUUAUUGUUAUUA